GCUGUCAAGAGCCGAGGAUUCUUUCAGCAGUCGGUUAAGGAUUGAGCAGUGAAGAGAAACUGAUUUACCUCUCCAGGAACUGAGGCUGCUACCAUUGUGCUGAGGUUCCUGGUUGCUGUUACUUGUGCUUUAAUAAUUUUUUUUGCUGUGAAAACUUGAAGAAGGAUGGACCAGUAUAAGUCCAGCAUUUUGUGGGACAAGGAAUGCAUUUAUGACGAGCUGCCACCUGGUGUCAAAAAAUGUGAGUGGAUCUGGGCUCUGAAAACAAAGGCUUCCAAAGAAAUUAUGCAGAAAGAGGAGGCAGUGACCUUUGAGGAUGUGGCUGUGAAGUUUACCAUGGAGGAGUGGGCUUUGCUGGAUCUAUCCCAGAAGAAUCUCUACAGAGAUGUUAUGUGGGAAAACUUUAGGAAUGUGGCUGCUAUAGAAAGAAACUGGGAUGAUCAGCAAAUUGAAGAUGAGUACAAAAGUUGCAGGAGAAAUGGAAGAAGUGAAGAGGUAAGGAAAUGCUGUCAAUAUAAAUUAUGUCAAAAACAUGGAGAAACAGGUUUUUGGACUCCAGAUACUAAUAUGCAUGUGAAGGCAGUUGGUACCAAACAAGGUGAAAGUCUUGCUUGUAGAAAGUCCCUCAUUAAUCAUUCAUUGUCUAAUUUGCCUGUUAUGGCUAACACUGGACUCAAAUCCUAUCAGGGAUUUGAAGAGAAGCUCUCUAACUGUAACAAACAUGGCAAAGCCUCCACUGACUUCCAGUCCUUUGAGAAGCAUACAGAGACAAAUCUUGGAGAUAAGCCCUAUGAAUAUAAGCUGUGUGGAAAAUCUUACUCUGAAGGCCUUGAAGGAAGUACCAUUGAAGAGAAACCCGUUGUAUAUAAACAAGAUGUGAAAACCUUCAGUGCACCCAACUAUGUUCAGAUCUGUGAAAGAAAUCACAGUGAAGUGAAUACCUAUGUAUGUAUACAAUGUGGAAAAACUUUUAAUUCUCACCAUGAUAUUCAAAUACAUGAAAGAGCUCACACUGGAGAAAAACCCUAUGUAUGUAAGCAGUGUGGGAAAGCUUUUAGCACACACAGUCAUUGUCAAAGACAUGAAAGAACUCACACUGGGGAAAAGCCCUAUGUGUGUAAUCAAUGUGGAAAAGCUUUCCGAACGCACAGUAAUUGUCAGAUACAUGAAAGAACUCACACUGGGGAGAAGCCCUAUGUUUGUAAGCAAUGUGGGAAAGCCUUCAGCAGACAAGACAAUUGUCAGACACAUGAAAGAACUCACACUGGGGAAAGGCCCUAUGUAUGUAAGCAAUGUGGGAAAGCUUUCAGAACAUACAGCCAUUGUCAAAAACAUGAAAGAACUCACACUGGAGAGAAGCCUUAUAUAUGUAAGCAAUGUGGGAAAGCCUUCAGCCGGCAAGGUAAUUGUCAAAAACAUGAAAAACUUCACACUGGAGAGAAACCUUAUGUGUGUAAGCAAUGUGGAAAAGCUUUCAGCACACUUGGUAACUGUCAAAUACAUGAAAGAACUCACACUGGGGAGAAACCCUAUGUAUGUAAGCAAUGUGGGAAAGCUUUCAGGACACAUGGUAAUUGUCAAAUACAUGAAAGAACUCACACUGGGGAGAAACCCUAUGUAUGUAAACAGUGUGGCAAAGCUUUCAGCAGACGCUGUACUUAUCAAAAACAUGAAAGAACUCACAAUAGGUUGAAUUCCUAUGUAAGUAACCAAUGUGGGAAAGUUUUCAACACACAUGGAAAUUGUCAAAUAAAUGAAGGCCUUACAUUGGGUAGAAAUGUUGUGUAUGUAACAAUAUGGCAAUGUAUUCAGUACACAGGGGUAUUGACAAAUACAUGAAAGAACUAUAUAUAUAUAUAUGGAACCCUAUGUAUGUAAGCCUUCAUUUACUCCAGUAAACAUUAUGUACACUGUAAAAGUAAAAAAGAAUUUGACUUGAAUAUGUAAAGUGAAUGCACUGACAUUAAAGACUUACAGUACAGGCAAACCCUUUCUUUGUAACCAAUAUAAAGUCUUUAGUACAAAUAAUUAUCAUUACAUAUGAAAAUUUCAUAGUAGAAUCUGAACAUGAGCAAUGUGGGCAGGGUUUUUUUUUUUUUUUUUUCUCAAUGCAUUCAGAUUGUAUGUGAUGGCCAGGGGUAUAGCUUAGUAGUACAGUACCUACCUGACAAGUACAAGGUCUUGAGUUCAAUUCCUGGUACAAAAAAUGUAUGUGAAAGAGGAGUGUAAUCAAUGUAGGAAACCUUUCAAUUUUUCCAUUUAACUUGAAGUGUAGGAAGAACUUAGUAAAGAAAAGCCUAGGUUGAUAAUGUGGGAAAGAUUCUGUGGUUCCAUAUUCUCACAAAAUGUACACAAACUCACAAAGAGCAUCAGUAUAAAUGCAGAAUCUGAGAAGUCUUAAUUUUUACAUGACUUUUCAUGCAACCAUGGAAUUGCAUCAUGAAGAAACUUGUAUCAAUGUGUAUUUUGUGGGAACACUUUUAUAGCCAUUUUGGUGUUACUCAUAUUACAAAAGAACACAGCAUGUAAUAAGCCAUUAAUUUAAGAAGUGUACGUAGUUGCUAGUUGUUCUACAUAUGAAAUACAUACUGGGUCAAAACCCUGUGCAUAUACAAAGUUCUAAAUCAUAGCUUGUAUUUUAAAAUCAUUUGAACAUUUCUCAUGUAUUGCAAACUUAUACAAGUAAGUUAUAUGAAAAUGAGCUAUGAAUUAUUUUUCCAGACAAUACACAACAAGAGAUACCCUAAAAUAUAUAGUAAACUCCCUCUUAAAGUAUUUAUCUCUGGAUUACAUAUUUCUAAGUUUUUUUUUUUUUCUUUGUAUUGGUAAUUGAACUCAGGAACUUGGCUUGCCAUCUAAGUUCACUUAUAAUAAUAAAUGUGUUCAUAUAAUUCUGGAUGUUCUAAGCAAUAGUGGGAGGGUUUAAUGCUCUCUUUUCAUUAAAUGAAUUGAUAAAUCACUCUUUGUUUUGCACCAUGUUAGAUGCAUAGGUGAAUUACAAUGUAUUUAUUUGCCCACAGGGUCCUAUUUUUGUAGGUCAUUUUUUUGUCCCCUUUGUUAUGUUGCUUUUUAGUUUUGUUUCUAGAAAUUGUAGCAUAAUAUGACCUGAAAAAUGAGUUUUUGCUAAUUGUUGUAAUUUUACUAGUAGCUUCUAUGUAUGUAAAUUUUUGAUGCAUAUAGUCCAUUUUGCCAUUUUUCUAAGAAAGGUAUUUUUAACUGGAUAUUAUUUUGUAAUUAUAAUGUAUAUUUUCAAAAUAUUGUGUUUUACAUAGUUUAAAUGUUUCAAACAACUUGUAGAUUAACAAAUACUAUGUUUUCCAUAGUCUGAGAAGAUAUUUACAUAUAUAUAUAUAUAUAUUCCAGUGUAAUUACAGAUUAUAUGUAGUACAUAAUUUUGCC